AUGACGUGUAACGCAACACCCCAUAGUCGCCUGCAUAUUUUUUAUGUUCUAGUGCUGAUUAUUAUUGCGGGGAUGUACAAGACCUCUGAACGCAAGCCAACCCGAUUCUUCAUCCAGGCUACAGAGGCUAACGUAAGAAGUCCUUCACUUACGGCUGUCGAGGGGGAAUCAACUGAUACCUUGUUACACGACGGCAUCGUAAGAGAUGCAGAGGGCAAAGAAGAUAGCUUGUUGAAAGGCAGCUCUUUUGACCAGACUGAACGGGAAUCCAAAGCAGAUGAAGAGGCCACCUUCGCUUUUGUAGGGCGCACGGGAGAAGAUCCCGCAGAAAGUGCCAGUGAACCCGGAGAUGUAGAUCCGGGCACCGGCACGAGCGAGAAUACCAUCACCGCCAACAGCCUCAGCGGGGAGGAGGCUCUUCUUGGAGGAAAUUCUGAGCAAACGGCCGCUGAAGCCGGCGCUGGAAUGCACGAGGAUUUCCUCUAUGCGAGUGACUCGAUCCCCAAUGCUGACACUGAGCGCGUUCAUGUGGGAGACGGUUUCGGCUUGGGGAACACGGAAGACAGUACGAGCAGGGAAGGUGGAGAGGAAUUGGAGGACAAUAUAUCUGUCGGAGAUAAAGUGUCUGACGACAGCGGUGACGAAGAGGCCGAGCUCACUGGUUUAUACUUGGAAGAGCUUAGUUCCGAAGACGACGCUGGCGCCCCAGAUAUCAGCACCUUCAAGGAUGAGAUAGAGAGAGGGCCAAGCCCCCCUUUGGGCGGGGAACUCGGGGAUGUAGACAGCCACACGCAGGUGGAGGAGAAAGGGAAAACUGGACCCUACCGUCACACCAGUCAGCGUAACCGCGAGGCGGGUCGUCCAUUGAGGGUUAGCGGCCUCGAUCGUCUGCGCAGUAUCUUUGGAGACCCAGAAGUUAGUCCCGUCAAGAUGCGAGAUGCCGUGCUGGAGGACAGUAAUUUCGCAAGCGAAGAGUCCAUCCAAGCACGUGGCGGAAGCCGAAAGAUUGAGGAAGGCGAACAUGCCGGCGUCUCUGACCCGAUGGCCGUGGGCAAAUACCUCGACACCGCAAAAGCAGACAUAGGCGGGCUUGGUGAUGGAUAUACCAGACAUACAGAGGAACGUAAUAUCAAGGAUCCAGAUGUGGCGUUGCUGCCGCAAGAUGCGCCAGGGAAUCCAGAUGAGAAGGAAGAACUACAAGCUACUGUCAAAUCGCUUAGCGUCGGAAGAGAUAACGAGCUGGAUAAGAUCUCCAGGUUGAAGGCCAUUCUCCCUGCCUGGACGGCGAAUAACUCGUUACCGGAAGGAGACCCCGGCACUGCUGCGUGCAACGCGGGGUGGCCGAGUUUUCCUGAUGGGGAAUACGAGAUUGUCGUGACCACAAGGGAUACGCUCGCACGCCUUGGAAUUGCGAUGCCAGUGGUUGGAGGGCCAAUCUAUCCAGUGUUCUCGGACUCGGUUAAAGUACGUUCCGCUGCUGAGGACCCUAUGCAGCGUCCCGAGGUGACGAAGCAGGAAUCCUUACUUCGAGACAAAGGAAUAUCGGUUUCAGUAGCGGACAUGUCCGCUGCAGUAAGGUGGGAAGUGCCUGAGCAGCUGAUUGAAUGCGGAAGGUGUGUGGCUGGUGGAGUGUAUGUUUCCGUACGCGUACUCAACAGCACUACAGACGGCAAAGAGAAAACCUUGGUUUUCUCCGAAGUGGAGUUUCGUUCGCAGUUUCCAUCGGGUAGAAUUUUUUCUCUUCCCGCGUCGUGGCUUGUCCUACACGGCGAACAUUCAUCGGAAUUGAUACGAGGUGCUGCAGGCUUGAUUCUCUGCGUAGAGUACGGAGGCAUGCCUCUCUUCGUACUGCGCAGGCCGGACCGUUUAAGCCAGUACACAGCGUUCAGUGAGAUGCCUUUCCGAGAACGGGUUUCGGUCCUCAAGUUCAGGUUUUUCCGAGGUGCUAAACGGGGCGAAAGUUUGUUGGAGGCCAGACUUGCAAUCAACUCGCAGGCGUUACCUGUCCGUGAACUGGUGAAUCAAGAAGAUAGAACACUGACAUUUUACGGCAUUGUCAAAGGCCCUCCUCGUAUCCAAAGCAUGCUUGUCAAUCACGCGCUCAGACUGAGUGACGAGUGCGUCAUUGAGAGAGAGGAUGUCAAGAGUCCUGUCACUUUGGACUGCAAAGGAUGGAGAAAAUUAGAGAAAAAUAUGAGAGCAUACGAAGCGGCCAAAGCUAGUUUUCUGAAAGGUAAUCGGAUCCGCGCCAUAACUUUUCUCGGCUUAUUGGGGCUGACCGCCGCGUCGGUCGGCCUACUUGUUGCGGGACACAGGAAGGAGCGAGGCCACGGAAUUCUUAAUGUUCACCCAUCCGACACGAUGCACUACAGAACAUUGGACGCGCUCGUGGAGUUUCUUGAAAGACGAGGGAAGAUUGGCAGGCGAGCGACCCAAUGGUUACAGACAUUGCCUCGAAAGCUCAUUUUCCCAGGGUACGUUGUCGAUUCUCUGACCUAUAUCGAUGCGAUGCACCCUGGAAACAUGCGCGACGCAUAUAAUGUCGCGCGGGGAAAUACAAAUGUUGUGGAAAGGUGGCUUAACCGAGGAAGCGGAAGAGAGGAGGCAGCCAAGGGCGUCUUAUACAAAGGAAUGGGCGGAUACGGCUUUCUGGCCAGCGGCGCCCUCAGCGCUAUUAUUGGUCCGGUGCAGGCUGCCAAGUACAUCUAUCAACGUGGAAAAAAAUAUUUGAAAGGCCGAGCAACUAAACAACAAAUCAAAAGUAUGGUCGAUGCAGGAGGCAUGGAACUCGAGUAUAGAAUCUCUGCGAAAACAAACGUUGUUUUUGUUGUUGUCUAG